AUGUCUCUGCCGUUUUAUCAGAGAUUGCAUGAUCACUAUGAUCACGGCUACCGUAACAAGGGCCUUCGCACCACCGUGAGCCAGUACCAUGAGCAGGAGAAGAAAAGUUCUGCCAUCUACACACAUGGUUCAGCGGCCUACAGCAGCCGCUCCUUGGCUGCCCGCCGCCAGGAAUCCCAGGCCUUUAGCCUGGCGUCAUCGUCAUCGGCCUCCUACCUGCAGCAGGCGUCCCAGGCCACCACCGAGUCCUCCCUGGCAUCUGCGGUCAGUCGGAAGGAGGCCUCAGCCUACGAUUAUGGCUACUCCCAUGGAUUUACAGAUUCCAGUCUGAUGUUAGAAGAUUAUUCAUCCAAGUUGAGCCCCCAAACAAAGAGAGCCAAGAAGAGCCUUCUCUCUGGGGAGGAGAAGGAAAAUUUGCCAAGCGACUAUAUGGUACCCAUUUUCUCAGGACGCCAAGUGCAUGUCGGUGGAAUUACAGACACAGAAGAAGAAAGAAUUAAAGAAGCUGCUGCUUAUAUAGCCCAGAGGAAUCUUCUUGCUAGUGAAGAAGGAAUCACAACAUCCAAGCAGUCUUCAGUAUCGAAACAGUCUUUGUCCACUCUCCACCAGGAGGAAGUUUUUGAGAAGAAGUCAAGAAAAGUUGCAGUUCGAGAAAAGGCAGAACGUCUGUCAUUAAGAAAAACAUUAGAAGAAACUGAGGCAUUUCAUAGAAAGAUGAAUGAAGAUCAUCUUCUCCAUGCUCCUGAGUUUGUCAUCAAACUUCGUUCCCACACUGUUUGGGAGAAGGAAAAUGUAAAAUUACACUGUUCUGUAUCCGGUUGGCCAGCACCUCGUGUCACGUGGUAUAAAAACCAGGUGCCAAUAAAUGUCCAUGCAAACCCUGGAAAGUAUAUUAUCGAAAGUCGAUAUGGAAUGCACACGCUGGAAAUUAACAAGUGUGAUUUUGAAGACACCGCUCAGUACCGGGCCUCGGCGAUGAACGCUAAAGGAGAGCUUUCAGCGUACGCCUCGGUUGUGGUAAAGAGAUAUAAGGGAGAGUUUGAUGAGACUCGCUUCCAUGCUGGGGCUUCCACCCUGCCCCUCAGCUUUGCCGUGACCCCUUAUGGCUAUGCGUCUAAGUUUGAUAUCCACUUUGAUGACAAGUUUGAUGUGUCUUUUGGGAGAGAGGGCGAGACAUUGAGUCUAGGCUGCCGUGUAGUCAUCACCCCUGAAAUAAAGCAUUUCCAGCCAGAGAUCCAGUGGUACAGAAAUGGAAUACCUGUUUCUUCAUCAAAAUGGGUUCAAACCCAUUGGAGUGGAGAGCGGGCAUCACUGACAUUUUCUCAUCUCAAUAAAGAAGAUGAAGGCCUCUACACAAUCCGUGUACGAAUGGGAGAAUAUUACGAACAAUAUAGCGCUUACGUCUUUGUUCGAGAUGGUGAUGCAGAGAUUGAAGGAGCCCCAGCCUCUCCCUUGGAUGUGGUGUGCGUGGAUGCCAACAAAGAUUAUAUCAUUGUCUCCUGGAAACAGCCAGCUGUGGAUGGAGGGAGUCCUAUUCUGGGAUAUUUUAUUGAUAAAUGUGAGGUGGGCACAGAUAGCUGGUCUCAAUGCAAUGACACACCUGUGAAGUUUGCUCGUUUCCCAGUCACUGGAUUGUUAGAAGGUCGUUCUUAUAUAUUCCGAGUUCGGGCUGUGAAUAAAACUGGAAUAGGUCUACCAUCUCGUGUUUCUGAGCCUGCAGCUGCUCUGGAUCCAGCUGAGAAAGCAAGACUUAGAAGUCAACCUUCAGCACCCUGGACUGGACAGAUCAUUGUCACUGAAGAGGAACCUAGAGAGGGUAUUGUUCCUGGGCCUCCCACAGAUCUCUCUGUCAUUGAGGCCACCCAGAGUUACGUGGUGCUGAGCUGGAAACCCCCUGGCCAGCGUGGCCAUGAGGGCAUCCUGUACUUUGUGGAAAAGUGUGACAUGGAAACAGAGAACUGGCAGCGGGUGAACACAGAGCUCCCUGUGAAAUCUCCCCGUUUCGCUCUGUUCGACCUGACUGAGGGGAAGUCCUACCGGUUCCGUGUCCGCUGCUCUAACUCAGCAGGAGUUGGUGAGCCCUCAGAGGCAACGGAAGUGACUGUGGUUGGAGACAAACUUGAUAUCCCCAAGGCUCCAGGCAACAUCAUCCCAAGCAGAAACACGGACACAUCAGUGGUAGUUUCAUGGGAGGAAUCCAAAGAUGCUAAGGAGCUGGUUGGCUACUACAUAGAGUCCAGUGUCGUUGGCUCUGGCAAGUGGGAGCCAUGCAACAACAACCCGGUGAAGGGCCCACGAUUUACGUGCCAUGGAUUGGAGACUGGUCAAAGUUAUAUUUUCCGGGUCAGAGCAGUUAAUGCAGCUGGACUUAGUGAAUAUUCACAGGACUCAGAAGCAAUUGAAGUAAAAGCUGCUAUCGCGGCACCAUCUCCACCCUAUGAUAUCACUUGUCUUGAAAGUUUUCGUGACUCAAUGGUUCUUGGAUGGAAGCAACCAGAUAAGACUGGAGGGGCUGAAAUUACUGGCUAUUAUGUGAACUAUCGUGAGGUAAUUGAUGGGGUGCCAGGAAAGUGGAGAGAAGCCAACAUCAAAGCUGUCAGUGAGGAGGCAUAUAAGAUUAGCAAUUUGAAGGAAAACACGGAGUAUCAGUUCCAAGUGGCAGCCAUGAACAUUGCUGGGUUGGGAGAGGCCUCGGCAGUAAGCGAAUGCUUCAAAUGUGAAGAGUGGACCAUUGCUGUUCCAGGACCACCACACAAUCUUAAGUAUAGUGAAGUCAGGAAAACCUCCAUGGUUCUACAGUGGAAGCCUCCAAUCCAUUCUGGACGGACUCCAGUCAUUGGCUACUUUGUGGACAUAAAGGAAGCCAAUGCCAAAGAUGACCAAUGGCGAGGACUCAAUGAGGCAGUUCUUAAAAACAAAUACCUGAAGGUGCAAGGCCUCCAGGAGGGUGUCAGCUAUGUGUUCCGUGUCCGAGCCAUGAACCAGGCAGGUGUUGGCAAGCCAUCCGACCUUGCUGGGCCUGUUGUGGCAGAAACUCGACCAGGAACCAAAGAGCUUGUUGUAAGUGUGAAUGAUGAUGGAAUAAUUUCUUUGAUCUUUGAAUGUGAUCAGAUGUCUCCAAAUUCUGAGUUUAUCUGGUCCAAAGAUUAUGUAGCCACCGAGGACUCGACACGUUUAGAAGUUGAAAGCAAAGGCAACAAGACAAAAUUGACCUUCAAAGAACUGGGGAUGGAAGACUUGGGCAUUUACUCCUGUGAUGUAACAGACACUGAUGGAAUAGCAGCAAGCUACUUGAUAGAUGAGGAAGAGUUGAAACGUUUACUUGUUCUCAGCCAAGAGCACAAGUUCCCAACUGUCGCAGUUAAAUCAGAUUUGGCAGUUGAAAUUUUGGAGAAAGGUCAGGUCCGGUUUUGGAUGCAGGCUGAGAAGCUGUCUGGCAAUGCCAAAGUCAACUACGUAUUUAAUGAAAAGGAAGUUUUUGAAGGGCCGAAAUAUAAGAUGCAUUUUGACCGAAACACUGGUAUAAUUGAAAUGUUCAUGGACAAGCUCCUGGAUGAGGAUGAGGGAACAUAUACUUUCCAGCUUCAAGAUGGAAGAGCAACUGGCCAUUCUACUCUUGUCCUCAUUGGAGAUGUUUAUAAAAAUCUCCAGAAAGAAGCUGAAUUCCAGAGACAAGAAUGGAUCAGGAAACAAGGUCCACAUUUUGCUGAGUAUUUGAGUUGGGAAGUGACUGGUGAAUGUAAUGUACUAUUGAAGUGUAAGGUGGCAAAUAUUAAGAAGGAGACCCAUAUUUUGUGGUAUAAAGAUGAGAGGGAGAUAUCGGUGGAUGAAAAGCAUGACUUUAAGGACGGUAUAUGUACCCUGCUUAUAACAGAGUUUUCCAAGAAAGAUGCUGGGAUUUAUGAAGUUAUUCUGAAAGACGACAGAGGAAAAGAUAAGAGCAGGUUGAAGCUUGUGGAUGAAGCCUUUCAAGAACUGAUGACUGAAGUAUGUAAAAAAAUAGCUUUGUCGGCUUCAGACCUGAAAAUCCAGAGCACGGCUGAGGGCAUCCGGCUGUAUUCUCUUGUUUCUUACUACCUAGAUGACCUGAAAGUUAACUGGUCCCACAAUGGGACUGCUAUUAGGUACACAGACAGAGUUAAGAGCGGAGUCACCGGGGAGCAGCAGAUCUGGCUGCAAAUCAGUGAGCCCACUCCGAACGACCAAGGGAAAUACGUAAUGGAGCUUUUUGAUGGCAAAACAGGACACCAGAAGACAGUGGAUCUUUCUGGACAAGAUUAUGAGGAAGCCUUUGCCGAAUUCCAGAGAUUAAAACAAGCAGCCAUUGCCGAGAAAAAUCGUGCCCGGGUGGUGGGUGGUCUCCCCGAUGUGGUCACCAUCCAGGAGGGCAAGACACUUAAUCUCACUUGCACCGUGUGGGGCGACCCGACUCCAGAGAUCUCCUGGCUGAAGAAUGAGAAGUCCCUGGACUCGGAUGACCACUGCAACCUCAGGUUCGAAGCCGGCAAGACGGCCUUCUUUACUGUCACCGGGGUGACCACCGCCGACUCUGGCAAGUACGGGCUGGUGGUGAAGAACAAGUAUGGCUCAGAGACAAUGGAUUUCACCAUCAGUGUGUUUAUCCCAGAGGAGGAGGCGAGGAUGGCUGCCGCAAAGCCUCAGACGGGCAGUAAGGCCAAGUGA